CGAGAUCGUCGAGCAUGGAUUUACUGCGGCGAAUUCGACCAGCGUGCAGACUCCUCGACAAACGUGUCAUCAUUAUUAUCCCCUUCUCAUCGAGGUAACGCUGUUUCGCUUUCAGAACGUAUCACUCGUCGGCAGUACGAGCGAGACAGCAACAACAACAACAACAAGGACGGUCAGUAGAAAAUAAUAAGCGACGGUCAGUAGAAAAUAACAGCGAUAACCGGCUGAGCAGAGAGAAGAGGCUUGCCAUCGACGAGGCGACGAUCCGAAGAAUCGAGAAACUGGCGUUGGUCGGCUUCGAGUACGAACAGAGUAAGCGGGUGCUGGAGGAGGCGGUAGCGUUCGCUGAACGGCUGCGGACGGUCCACGUCGACAAGACGGUACGUCCGAUGUACAGUACCCUGGAGAACGAGCACAUCCGUCUGCGGGAGGACGUGGCGCGACACGACGUCGAUCGGCGCGAGAUACUGAGGAACGCCGCGGUGCUACAGGAGGAAUACUUCGUUGCGCCGUUGACGACGAACAGGAAGACAGAGAGUGAGUGACAGAGUCGAGAUGAUGAAUCUGGAGGCUGUGCUGAAGGUCGUCGGUCCACACUUCCUCGGUCUGUCCGAACGGAUCUUCACGUACGGUCCUCAAGGCAAGCUACUAAUGAAAAAUCUCGAAGGGCACUGGUUCACGCAUUGCGUCACGAUGUCGCGUCACAAUGUGUUUCCCUGCGACACGAUUGCGGAAACGCUACAGCUGCUACAGAGCAGUUCGAUGGAUGAUCCGCUGCCGUUCGCGCUCGCCACGCUCGCAACGUCGAAGACCGUGUGGAAUGAAUCUCUACUGCCAGCAGGCGGUAAAAUAUCAUCUCACAAAACUGCCAGGGUCAAUGUGUUUGUUGACGCGUUGGACUCGAAGAAUCUGCUGCACAAGAAGCAGAGAGAGCGCAAGGUAUGGUGGCGCAAACUCGCUCAGUGCCCCUCGAGAUUUGUGCUGGCUGAGUCGAAGAAGGCCAGGAGCCUCGACGUGACGGAAAUCGAGGCACGGUUUCCCUUCGGAAGCAUCAUCGUGGAAACGAUCACCCAUUAUCCCAGCGUGCGCAAGCUGUAUCCUCAGACUGAAAAUAAUAAAGAUAAUGCUGCGGACGUGCAUAUGGUCGAGCAUGUCGCUUCCUUGGAUUGGGGCUGUCUGGCGUUACUCUGCGACAGCCACAUGUCGGACAAGUCAACUAGAGCGUAUAUUCAUCCUAAAUUAUCUCCGUACAAAACCACGUUCCACAUAGCAAGACAGGAGAAUGAGACCGAUUCGGAUAUAGAAGACUUGAAUCGCUUUGUGCUAUACUUAAGCAAUGCGCUUAGGACGCGAGGAAUUUCUACUAUAUUAACGAAUACAGAACAAAUCAUAGAAAUGUGCCUGAUACCGUACGUCGUGUCGGUGGAUAAGACUAGUCUUAAGAAUGGCAUUGUACAUGUAAAAAAUCGCUCGACGACUCUCGCAGAGGCGGUUCACAUUACCGAUUUGGUAAAGUAUAUUCAUUCGCGCACCUCUUGAAUAGCCGCGUCGAUUACUAACGCAGUACUGGAUUCUUCGACCAAUGUUCACAAGAUGCGUUGUUGCCAUAUAACUAUAAUUAUUAACUAUAUUUAUUACUGAAAGUUACAACGAUAUAAACCGUAAAUAUAAAUGAAAAUUGAUCC